AUGUCGCUCGCACACACGGCUGCAGAGUACAUGCUCUCAGACGCCCUGCUGCCCAGCUACAGGGGCCCCCACCUCAAAGGACUGCGCCUGGAGCUGCCCCUGGACCGGAUGGUCAAGUUCGUAGCUGUGGGCUUCCCCCUGCUGCUGAUGUCCCUCGCAUUUGCCCAGGAAUUCUCCUCCGGGUCUCCCAUCAGCUGCUUUUCUCCCAGUAACUUCAGUGUCCGGCAGGCUGCCUACGUGGACAGCUCCUGCUGGGAUUCGCUGGUUCACCACGAGCAGGAUGAGCAGGGCCAGUACCAGACGAAGUCGCUCUGGCCUCACAAGGCCCUGCCCUACUCCCUGCUGGCCCUGGCCGUGGUCAUGUACCUGCCAGCCCUGCUGUGGCAAUACGCAGCUGUGCCAGCCCUCAGCUCAGAUCUGCUGUUCAUCAUCAGUGAACUGGACAAAUCCUACAACCGCUCCAUCCGCCUGGUACAGCACAUGGUGAAGAUCCGGCAGAAGAGCUCCGACCCCCACGUCUUCUGGGAUGAGCUGGAGAAGGCUCGUAAAGAACGAUACUUCGAAUUCCCCCUGCUGGAGCGCUACCUGGCGUGUAAGCAGCGCUCCCAUUCACUAGUGGCCACCUACCUCCUGAGGAACACCCUCCUGCUCCUCAUCACCUCAGCCACCUUCCUGUACCUUGGCCACUUCCACCUGGAUGUCUUCUUCCAAGAGGAAUUCAGCUGUUCCAUCAAGGGAGGGUUUUUAAGCAAUGAGGCCCACGUCCCCGAUCUGAUCACGUGCAGGCUGACUUUCCUGUCUGUUUUCCAGACUGUUAGCUUCUCCAGUGUAGCGGCAUACACCCUACUGGUCCCAGUGAUACUAUACAACCUCACCCGGCUAUGCAGGUGGGACAAACGCCUCCUGUCCGUCUAUGAGAUGCUCCCGGCUUUUGAUCUCCUCAGCAGGAAGAUGCUGGGAUGCCCCGUCAAUGACCUCAACGUGAUCCUUCUUUUCCUCCGAGCCAACAUCUCCGAGCUCCUCUCUUUUAGCUGGUUGAGUGUCGUAUGCGUGUUAAAGGACACAACCAGCCAGAAGCACAACAUUGACACAGUGGUCGAUUUCAUGACUUUACUAGCUGGCUUAGAGCCCUCAAAACCUAAACAUCUCACCCACCGGGUAUGUGAAGAACACCCAUAGCUAAGGAAGCAUGGAGCAAAAACAUUAUGGAAAGUAAAAACCUCUCUCUCCUUCCUCUCAAGCCUUACAUAUUAAUCCACAAAAAGGCCUACUUUAGAACAGCUAAGCUUGGACUCAGCUGAAUCAUAUAUCCUGUAUUACGUCAUCCUACAGGUGAGACGAUAUCGAGAAAUAGAAACAAAUCUGAAAGUUGGAGCUGAAGAGUCAAAGAACUACAAAUGCAGGUCUAGACACACUGAAUAAGGAUAGUUUAAAAACAAAUCGAUCAAUAAAAAAUAAGGCCUAGACAUUCUACAAGGAAAGAAAGGUCUAGAGGCAGGUCCCUCUCACCGUAUUUAUCCCAUGGCCCUUCUAGGAUGCCCCUCAGCUCACCCCAAAGAGCAAGCCGGGCAAUCUGGUAAGAGAACAGUAAAGAUGUGAAACCCCUGGAAACUCCAACGU